UGUUGUCACCAGCUGUUCGCAGAGGAAACAAAGUGACGGUGAAUAAAAUAGCAGUGAAUUUCGCAUGAAGCGCAGUACAAAUGACAAAUAGUCGCAAAAGUCGAUCAAGGAUUUCUGCGUAUAUUGGAAUGAAAGAGAGAUUAACUUUAGUGCAGUUUAUAUUUUAUGUACCAAAACUGAUUCCAUAGUAGUUACACUUUUAAGUUGUCUAACAUUCGUGGAUUGGUACGAGACGACUUUCACGUCUUCAGCGAGAAUCGCAAAGCUUUCUGGUAGCGGUACGGUAUUGCGGACACGGGCAGGAUGAACGUGGGCACGGCGCACAGCGAGGUGAACCCCAACACGCAGGUGAUGAACAGCCGGGGGAUCUGGCUGUCCUACGUGCUGGGCAUCGGACUGCUGCACAUCACCCUCCUCAGCAUCCCCUUCGCAAGCGUGCCCGUGGUGUGGACCCUCACCAACCUCAUACACAACCUGUGCAUGUACCUGCUUCUGCACACGGUGAAGGGGACCCCGUUUGAGACCCCAGACCAGGGGAAGGCGCGGCUCCUGACGCACUGGGAGCAGAUGGACUACGGCCUGCAGCUCACCGCCUCUCGCAAGUUCCUCACCAUCACGCCCAUCGUCAUGUACUUCCUCACCAGCUUCUACACCAAGUACGACCGGCUGCACUUCCUGCUGAACACAGCGUCCCUACUGAGUGUGCUGAUCCCCAAACUGCCCCAGCUGCACGGCGUGCGCAUCUUCGGCAUCAACAAGUACUGAGACCCCCCCCCACGUCCCCCCCCCCUCACUGACUACAACAAGUACUGAGACCCCCGCCCCCCCCCCCAUGGACCCCCCCUCACUGACUACAACAAGUACUGGGACCCCCUUCAUGGACCCCCCCGUCUCCUGGAGCAACCACCACCCCCCCUUACGGACCCCCCCCGCUACAGGAGCUGCCACCCUCACCCACAGAUAGGAGUACGCUUUGGGAGAUAGUUUGGGCCGCUGGUUCAGGGAUGAUGUCACGCACAAGACCCUGACAGACGCUCUUUACUUUCUUCAGUUCAGCUCAGUCACAUGAACCUUUACAGAGCAGCAGAAAGGCAAACACCCCCAAAGAUAGCACACGAGGUAAAAACUCUCUUGGGGGGGGGGGAGAAAAACCCUCAAACAGUGGAAGGAAUCUCAGAAGGAACCCGGCUAUAGAGGGGGGAGCCCAUCCUCCACUGGCCGGCAAAGACUUAAAAUAGCUAAAAGAGUUAUUUUACCGUAUUUAUUUACCUUGUUUUUAUGUGGCAAAGUGCAUGUGUACUGAGGCUUUGUGUGGGAGGCUCAGAAACCACUGAGAUAUUUACAGACAUAUCCUUCCCAACGCCACGUCUGUGCUCUCCCUGAAUCCCCCACCAGAGGGUGCUGUCCAGUUCUCCCAUCAGAACGCUGUCUGUCUCUGCCUGUCUGUAGGAGAUCUCCUCUCUCUCACUGCUGUCUGUACGUGUCUAUAGGAAAUCUCUCUCACUGCAGUGUGUAUGUCGGAGAUCUCUCACUGCACUGUGUCUGUAGGAGAUCUUUCUCAUUGCACUGUCUAUAGGAGAUCUCUCACACUGCACUGUCUGUAGGAGAUCUCUGACUGUGCUGUGUCUGUAGAUCUCUGACUGUGCUGUGUCUGUAGAUCUCUCACUGCGCUGUGUCUGCAGAUCUCUCACUGCGCUGUGUCUGUAGAUCUCUCACUGUGCUGUGUCUGUAGAUCUCACACUGUGCUGUGUCUGUAGAUCUCACACUGUGCUGUGUCUGUAGAUCUCUCACUGUAACCCCUGACACCCUGUCCUUCAACAUCUGUGGCCGGUUUAUUAGGCACAGUCCUGCCAUUCUCCUGCCAUCUCCAGGGGCUCUGUGAUUGGAUGAUUUCUUUUGGCAGUUUUUUAAAUCAGCAUAGGGGUCCCCACACAAUCAGGAGAGCAAGCCAAUCGCUUCAUUAAUGACCCAAUCAGAAUCUACGUCGGCCUACCUCUGCCUCUCCUCUCCUCCGCCCACACGACUCAAAGCGAUCUUUGUUUUUACUUCCGCACGGCUGCUUCCUGUGUGCAGCACAGCUUCCUGUGCGCUGCUUCCUGUGUUUGUGUACGCACCUCAGACCUCACUCUCGUCUCACUCAGCUGAGAGCGGACGCCCCCCAGAGACCCUCACUGGGGCCGCACAUUUCUCACCUUUUAUUUUUAUUUCACUUUGAGAAUCUGGUACUUCACAGGGACUGUAGCCACACACACUCGUUCUGACUUGCAGGUUAUAAUAAUAAUAAUAAUAAUAAUAAUAAUAAUAGUACAGGUUAAUGUGAUGUGCUGUAAUGAGUGCAUAUUUACAUUAGUAGCAGAGGAUACUGCCGUUAGCUCACACACAGAGCUGUUCAGGCCCCUGUGGGGGGUGCUGGCUCAGCCUGUGUUUACCCUGCGGUGGUGCUGGUCACCGGGUCAGACCUGGCUGUGUGUGUUUAGAGGGAUGUUUAAAGGGAAUUAAACACACACCAGCACAUGCACACUGCUUUUUUUAGCCUGGCCAUUGUGUAAUAGAGCGAAGGCUUUAACUGAGUGACAGUUUUAUGAUUUUUGAAAACAUUUUUGCAGCUGUCCUUCAGUGUGGGGUUGGCUUGGUGUGUAGUUUUAUUAUUGUGUCUCUGGCUGACCCACAUUCACUGGGUGUCUGCAGAUCUGCGGUACAAGUGUCCAUCUGUAGACUCCUCAAGGAAAUGAAUUCCACACUGAAACAUU